CUUUUCUUUUCUUUUCUUUUCUUUUCUUUUCUUUUCUUUUCUUUUCUUUUCUUUUUUCUUUUCUUUUCUUUUCUUUUAUUUUCUUUUCUUUUCCUUUUCUUUCUGUUUAGAGAUUACUUACAGUAAAUGGAGCCAUAUGUGGGAAAUGUUUAUCUAAAGGCAAUCUAACCACUUUAACAAAACAUAAUUAUUAUCUUUUGACAGCUCAGGCAGACUUUUUUUUUCUCUCAGAUUAGCUGCAGGAAACAGUGGAUCAGCUCAGGCAAAAUGCUGCCAGGAAUUCUUUAUGAAGGAAAAUCUUUACAAAUCGUUCCAUCAUGUAGAUCCUUUAUUUAAAGCCCUGAAAAGGUAUAUAUUAUCAGAAGUGAUGUUAGUUGAGAACAAACAGUUGACGGUUCCUGUUUACAAGAGCUCUCAGUGCACAGUUUGCUUUGUGCGAGAGGUGAGAUGGAAAGUAAAUCUUGAGCGAGCUCUGACAUGCUGAUGAAGUGUGGACACACCCUGGUGUUAUUCAGGACAGAAAAUGGAGGACAGCUGCAUGCGUUCUGGACCAGGCAGGAGAAAAAGUGGUUGCUAACGGAACGUCACCUCCGGCCAGUUUUGUUGCAUAAUAAGAAACCCAAGCAUAGUUUAAGACUCUGGAGGAAGUAGACUGCCAAUUCAAGCAACAGUACUGCAGCUGAGCUGCUGCUUAGGAAUUUUUCUGAGUGUCUAGCUCAUAAAAUCCAAACUUUUAGGUUUGAAGUUGCCCAAGAAAGCUGAUAACAAGCCAGCUGAGAUGACGGUUCAAACUGCCCCCUAAAACCAUGGCACUGCUCAAAGUGGGUCGCAGCACAGACCGUCAAAGGACUGAGCCCGGUUUAUUGUCUUCUCCAUAUCUCGCAUUGGCUGACUAACCAUCACAGUGGCACUCCUGUUUACACAUCACUGAAACAUCCUGCUCUUGAAGGAAUCCUGAUGAUCCUGUGGAGUCAGAUGAGUUUUGCAGUGCUGUACUGCGUACUGUGGCUCGCUGCACCUGCUUUCCUGCGCUCUGAAUUCAAGGUGGCUUACGUGACCGAGCGCAAUGUGUUCAUGUGCACGGAUCAAGCCUUAUGUGAGAAGAUGAACUCCAGUGAGUUUAGCAACUGCAAGGAUCACUCAUCUUUCCUGCGCAAGGCCGAGAGCCAGAGUCAGCCUGUUCAAAAAAAGCGGCUGACGGUGUUGUACACAUCGCCUCUUAAUGUGGCCCUCUUGCUGAACAACUCUGAGGUUCGGCACCUGACACUGAUCCAGUGCAAGUCCGCCGCUGAGCAGCCCGUCCCCUUUGAGUACUUUACAGUGCAGCGCCUGGAGAGUCUAACGGUCACGAGCCGGUUCUGGAAGCCUGGACAGAAUAAUGAAAUUAUCAUAGGCAAGGACAGGGAUGCCCCCUACCACGAGGAGGCUAGAAUCGCUGUCAUUCAUACCUCUGUGCUGACCGGGAAAACAGAGCCGAAGUCAUACACAGUCCAAACCAAAGUGGAUCGCAGUGGAAUGACAUCCUUCCCGGACAUUUUUAUGUCUCAGAAUGACCUUUCAGAAAUGUCCAGGUUAUUUGUCACUUUUCUGUACUGAGAGGCAUUUUUUCCCCAGGACUUUUAAAAGCUUUGUUGUAGCCACUAUAACACAAAUAGCUGUUGUGCAUAAUUCAUAAUGUAUAUACUUAAUGCAUACAAUUACAGUUUACAAAUACUUAUUGUAUACAUUGCAAACAUUAAAAUCUUUCAGAAUUAAACAUCGUCAUAAUGCAAAACGAGAACAAAGUAAAAACGAAUUGAUUUUUCAUGUGGGCUUUGCACAUUUUGUGUGCUUUGCACAUGCGCUGCUGUUUUACUGAAGAUUCAGUUCUCUUAAGAUGUUUUGUAUUUACAAUAAUAGGAUAAUAUUGAAUAAAAAUUGUAUUUAUAUAAAUAAAAAAUGGCAAAGAA